CUUCAGCUGCUAACUCCUCAGCCCUCUUACCUCCUUCGCUUUCACGGCUCACCCAGGUGCAGGCACCUAUUGUUUUUGAAAAACUUCGUACACUCUCAUUCAGCUAUUAACUUUUCAUUUUCACAUACCUCGACCCGCCGUUGAUUUCCAAAUAUUCACGAGCCUCACUCAUUCAAGACCUUCAAGACCAUCAUGCGCUUUGCUGCCCUUGUCGCUCUCGCUGUCGUAGCCUCGACCGUCCCAAGUUUUGCAGCGCCUGCCCCAUACUCUCUUCAUCGAAUCACUUCCAGACAGGAUACAGCGUCAACGGAUGACAGUACGAUCGCCGAUACAUCUGUACGCAACGGUUUCGCCACUCCCCACAUAGGGACAGUGAUCCUGCCAGGGGGAAGUCUGUCCCUUGAUUCCAAACGUGACACCACCUCCGAUAUCGUUCAAGCCAUCGCAGCAGCAUUAAACGAGUUGCCCCCCGCAAGGAAGCGCGAUAUCACUGCAGACAUCACUGCCGCGCUCCAGACUUUCCUGCAAGAAGGUAGCUCUGUGUUGAGCGAUAUUGACGUCAAACGUGACACUACCUCCGACAUCGUUCAACCCAUCGCAGCAGCGUUAAACGAAUUGCCCUCCACAAGGAAGCGCGAUAUCACUGCAGACAUCACUGCAGCGCUCCAGACGCUCCUACAAGAAGGUAGCUCUGUGUUGAGCGAUAUUAACAUCAAACGUGACACUACCUCCGACAUCACCGCAGCGCUCCAGACUCUCCUGCAAGAAGGUAGCUCUGUGUUGAGCGAUAUUAACGUCAAACGUCAAGCGGACUCCAUCCUUCCCGUCGAAGA